ACUCUUAAAAAGAUUAAAUGACUCUUCCAAAAUCACAAAGAUAAUUCAGUGAUUUUUUCCCCUACUAAAUGCUCCUUUUUUCUGCAUUUCAUUCUCCCUUAAGCAAUUUAUUGUCUAAAAUAGCAUCAUGGAAUGAUAUAAAAAUGCAGCUUUCCAAUCACACUAAGGGUCUCUCGAUUUCUUCUCUUGACCACCAAUCAGGAACCUUUGCUGGAAGCUUGUUUCUGAUUGGUGAAAGUAAGCCGUAACAGUGGAAUGCCAAGGAGUAAACACAAAAGCACAGCAACUGAGUUUGCUGUCUCACUACCCUCAGCCUAGGCCAACCUGGACUCCUUCACCCCAAAUGAGGUGACCUCUGCAUUUUAUAUGAAGACACUGAUUUACCAUUCAACUGUGAUCCAUCUUAUAACAUGGCAAUCCAAUACAGACAGGAAGAUAAAACCGAACAACACAGCUAAAAUAAAGUGUAUUCCCAGAAUACACAUUGUGGAAAAAGGAUGAAGUUGACCAGUGAAAAGUUGCCCAAGAACCCCUUUUAUGUCUCUAUAUCUCAGGAUGCUGCUAAAAACCAAAAAUUCUUCCAGUGGAAAAAGGAAAAGACUGAUCAUUACACCCAUGCUAAUUUGGUGGAUAAGGCAUUGCAGCUCUUGAAGGAAAGAAUACUGAAAGGAGACACUCUGGCAUAUUUCCUACGAGGUCAACUAUAUUUUGAAGAGGGAUGGUUUGAAGAAGCAUUAGAACAGUUUGAAGAAAUCAAGGAGAAAGACCAUCAAGCAACGUACCAGCUAGGAGUGAUGUACUAUGAUGGGCUGGGGACCACUCUAGACGCUGAGAAAGGGGUGGACUAUAUGAAGAAAAUUCUUGAUUCUCCAUGUCCCAAAGCAAGACACUUAAAAUUUGCAGCUGCUUACAACCUCGGAAGAGCUUAUUAUGAAGGAAAAGGUGUUAAACGAUCAAAUGAGGAAGCUGAAAGACUAUGGAUUAUCGCAGCAGACGGUGGAAAUCCCAAAGCUAGUGUGAAGGCUCAAAGUAUGCUCGGGCUGUAUUACUCAACCAAGGAGCCCAAGGAGUUAGAAAAGGCAUUUUACUGGCAUUCAGAAGCAUGUGGCAAUGGGAAUCUGGAGUCCCAGGGUGCACUUGGUCUCAUGUACUUGUAUGGACAAGGCAUCCGGCAGGAUACGGAAGCUGCCCUGCAGUGCUUAAGAGAAGCAGCAGAACGCGGAAACGUCUAUGCUCAAGGGAAUCUCGUGGAGUAUUACUAUAAGAUGAAAUUUUUUACCAAGUGUGUUGCAUUUUCCAAAAGGAUCGCUGACUACGAUGAGGUUCACGACAUCCCCAUGAUCGCCCAGGUCACAGACUGUCUCCCGGAGUUCAUCAGCAGAGGCAUGGCAAUGGCAUCCUUCUACCACGCAAGGUGUCUGCAGCUUGGCUUGGGCAUCACCAGGGAUGAAACAACCGCUAAACACUAUUAUUCUAAAGCUUGUCGUCUGAAUCCUGCAUUGGCAGAUGAACUUCACUCCUUACUUAUUCGUCAAAGAAUUUAGACCACGAUGUAUUUCAACAAAGAUCAUCAAUGCUAACACCUCACAAUGUGUGUAUUUUUACAGUAGCUAUGUUUGGUUAUUUUGCACAUCACAAAUUACACUAUCCUGGGUAUUUUACAGGUGACAUGUUACUUCGUUCUUGAAUUGGUACGCUGUUAAGUUUUGCAACUUGAAACCUAGACACAAGGUCAAAUUGCUGGAAGAGUCCUCAGAGGUCCACCUCUUACCCUACAGACUGGCCGAGACCAUAUCAAGUAUCCAAGCCAUUCUAUACAGCAAGUAUCGUUUUCCUUCCUUAAAUACCGAGUCUCCAAAAAGACUUAGUUCAGCUUUAGUUUAGUAAGUUCAGAAGUAGAAAUGAUACAAACUUACUUAAAACCAUCAUUUGAAAGUUUAAUUCUUUAAAAUUUGUCUUAGUUUUGUGAAUUUUGAAUAAUGUUUAAAUUUCGUUUCAGUCAUUUAAAAUUUUUAAAUGUAAAUUCACAAAACUAAGUGUAAAAGACAUUUAAAGAAUGAAACAAGUAUGUAUAGCAUUUCUACUUCUGAAGUUAUUAAAGCUAAAACUGCACUAAGCCUUUUGAGACAUCCUGUUCUUAAAAAGCUCAUAAAUAAUUGGCUUAUUACAUAUAAGCUUCAAAAAAGUGGGUUAUAAGACAUUGCUUUAGAAUCUUGCCCCUCCAAAUCUUCCCUCAAAGAUGUUAAUUUAAUGAGUAAAACAACUGCUAUAUACAUAUGCAGAAUGUGUAAUAAAACAAAAAGCAAUUGCUAUAUGAAAAUAUUCAAAGAAAAUUAAAGCAAAUUGUUUCUUUGUGCUUCA